CAUAAAUGAACGGAGCUAGUGUUAUGAAUAAACCUCGUUAUGCAAAUCCUCCUAAAGGAAUUCCUAGGAGGGAUCGCUAUGAAGGAAAUCAUCACACAAAUGAGAGGAGCCACAGGAGAUCUCACCGUAGAAAAAGCAGUCGACAUUAUGACCGCUACAACAGAAAUGAAGGACAUGAAUAUAGGCAUGGUAGACAUACGGACAGAUACAACCAACUACGGGACGAUAGGCAUCUUGAUAGGAGUAGCAACCAUCAAAAGGAAAGAGUAUUCUACAGGCAUGACGGAAGACUCAAUAACAACAGAAUUCCUCAAGGUGACCGCCAUAAGCUACAGGAGAAGUUUAAUGGAGAAGAACGGAAAGGUGUCGAUUCCUCCUUUGAUAACCUUGCUAGCAAGAAGGAAGACAUCAAGUUCAAUCAUAGGCUCAGGGAUGACCCUAUUCCUCAAUACAAGAUAAAGAACACCAGAACAGAGCAAGAUAUCGAAUUACAGAAGGAAAAGGAUAGAUUGGAGACUGAAAUGACCUUGAAGAGAUAUCCAGGAGCUAGAGAAAUCAUACGUAAAUGCAAAAUUUGAGGCUACGAAGGAAAAAGCAAUAUCAAACUUAAGCAUUCCUUCGCUCAAUAUAUCUUCUCAGCAAUCUUGUGAGGCCUUGGGUUCUGGUGAUGCUUUUUCAUUCCAUUCAUGUGAUCAGCACUGAGCAAAUUAAAUCACAGCUGAGCAGAGUGCGGAUCUCCUCUAGGAAGCACUAAGGUAAAAUAAUAUAACUUAAAACGAUUGAUUUUCAAUA